AUGGAGUUAAAAAUCGAACCAGAUGAACAAGCAAAGCAAACAAUCAAGAUCCUAACAGAUGCAAUGGUGUCGAUGAGUAGAAAGAUACCUCCGCCUUCAGGUAGAACGCAACAGGAACAAGACCAGCAGCAAGACCAGCAAGACCUCCAGGAUGCACAGAUUUGUGAAUUGUGCGAGAUGGCAUGGAAGUCCACUGAAAAUAGAUUUGCAACAAUCAUAGAACAGCUGCAACGACAAUCAGGAAGACAGUUACGAGACAACCCAGGAGAAGAACCUCAGGAAGAUAUCACAGGAAGUGUUGAUUUGGAUAAAGAUGUCAACGAGACUAUAGAAGCAGAAGAAUAUCCAAUACCAUCUGCACUCGACGAAACAAAGAAUCCCACUCCUUCCAUCGAUGAAAUCAUAAGAAGGGCCAGUGCACCAGCUUCAGAAUCAUUAAGUGAUACCAAAAAACUAAAGAUGAUUGCGGCUGUUGCAGAACAAGUUGAGAAAAACCCAAAGGUAGUUGAAGCAGUCCCUUUAAGCAUAAUUCCGCCCGAUUGGAAUAUUGCUUCUACCACGGGUGGUCUACUCAUGCUGGACAAAAAUGAGUGUACCAUGCCACCGCCUGCAAUCUCAAAGAAAGCUGAUGUACUUGAUGAAGGGAUCCUCAAUGAAAAACCUAAGAGGAGAAAUCCACCAAGAGUCCACCAGUUGCCCGAACGGUUCAGGUCGCCGUUCAUGCUGCAGAAGAAAAACAAGAAAAAAUUCAUACAGUGGACAGAGGAGAAGAAGAAAAUGACCCAAGAAGAAGCCCUGUUGAUAGACUUCACUCUCUUGCAGAGACAAGAAGAAAUAGUUAAAUUAGGGAAUUUCUUGUUUGAAUUUGGAAAAAUCGUUUGGGCAGACAGGACAGCAUUCUAUUCCAUGAGGGAAGGGACAUGGAUAGAAAACAGCAUCAUAGAUGCUUGGGCUGUCAUCCUAAACAAAGAAGAAGCUAAGAGUGACUCCCCAAGACGGAUAUUCUUUGGUAUUUCCUCAUUUAUCUACUUUCCAGUACACUACCGAGACCACUACUUCUUGUAUGUGUUGUUGGUUGAAGAAAAGAAAGUGCUUGCAUUCAACAAUCUUCAUGCAAAAGAUCUGGACUACUACAAGCCAACAAAAGAUCUACUUUUUCGAUUCUUCCAAAGCUAUGUUGAAUGCGUGUUUCCACACAUAGAACUGGUCACUGCUCAGUACACCUUGACAGAGGUUACGCUACCAUCACACAAGGACAAAACGCCGAAUGUGGAAGAUUGUGGAAUAUACACAAUGCACCACAUGGAGCGGUAUAAUGGUGGUGAGUACGAGGAUGGUACUACUUUGGAUUUCAACACAGGAAACAUCAAAGAGUACCGGUGGAAAUACAUGUUAAAAAUCCUUAUGCACCCAUCCAACAAAAAUAAGGACAAAAUCCUCGAAGCAAUGCACCAGUUCUAUACAAAUACUGCUGAAGAAGAACAAAAAGAAAUUCCAGAUCAUGUUGAUUUGAGCAGCAAAUCUUACUACAAUGACAGAAAAAUUCAGGGAUGGGUUAAAUGA